AGGCGCCGGUUGGGCGGUGCCUCCUUAGGGAGGGAGAAGGGGCCGCUGGGCUCCGUGAGGAAAGGAGCAGGAAUUGGUGGUGGUGUCAGUGCCUUCGAGAAGGAGGGGCUCCAGGGCGACCUUACUGCAGGUUGGAGCCGACUCCUGCUGAUUCCUCCUCUGAAGGGGCUGCUCAGAGGGCACCAGGAGCAGAGGAACCUCAGAACAGGCCUCUAGAGCUGGAAGCAGAGAUCCAGGCAGCGACAGCGACAUGGGAGACAGUUCCCCUCAUUCCCCUGGGCUCUGUCUGUGUCGGGAAUUCAAACAGGACACAGUUCCCAGGGCCAAGAGGUUGUUGGAUUCCGCAGCGCAGCUCCAGGCCCUGCAGUCAGCCAAGAGGGUUCGUGUGUUGAGUCAUGUCUGCAGCACUCCAAAGCCAUCAGAGAACCUGCUGCUCCUCUCCCCAGGUUCUCCCUGCUCCCAUUUUCUGGAUGACAGUGGCCAGGGCGACCUUGCUGCCAGUUUUUGUGGGUCCAAGUACGACGACGUGACCAUUUCCCUGGACACCAGCAGGUGCUUCGAUGACACUGAGCUGGAUGACUCCCUGCUGGAACUGUCAGGCAGUGAGAAAGGGAACUCUCCUUUCGAUUACACCGAGGAGGAGAUCCAGGAAAUCUUGGCAGAUGAUUGCACGGAAGCUGAGCAGCACCUGAUUAGAAAAAGCCAUCUGAGCCAAAGUGUAAAUGAGGAGAGCGGACAGGCCGGGAGCAGCAGCUGCAGCGGGGCCUCAGUCAGGGAAGAUGCCUCGGAGAUUGCAGAGGAACCAGAGGCACCUCUGCCCCAGGAGCAUCCCCCAGUCAGUUCUGGGUGUUAUCCUGGCUUUUUGAGUGGAAGUGCUGGUUUGGGUGGGAUCCACCUGCAGCAGGACCUUGACCUGCAGGAUCUCCUGCGUCUCAGCCCCUUUGCUGUCGGCGGUUCCGAUGAGCCCGUGGAGGGCAAUUAUCUGGUGGAGGUGGAGAGAGAAGCUCUAGAAGCAAUGAUAGAUGAUUGUUUAGGAUAUACAACUGCUGGUAGCUGCAUUCUGGAAGAAUCCUUGGAGCCUAAAGGCCAGGAAAGCCUGGCUUCGGAUUGCCUGGGAAGAGCCGUGCCCUUGUUUCACCUUGGUGAUGAGAGCCCAGCUCCUGGGUCUGGAAACAGAGAACUUCCCAAAGCAACAGUGAACUUGUUUUCAAGGAAAUCAGACUCUCCAGAGGAUGGUGAAGGGGAAUCUCCAGGAGCUGAGCAGCCAUCAGGCGACAUUAAAUUAAGUGACACAACUAUAGUCCAGACUGUGCAGGAAGAGACAUCCAGUGGGAAGAAACCUGGCAAAGUUAUUACUGUCCCACAGGAGAAGGAGAAAAGACUGAAACAACGGCCCUGCAUUUCAGAAGUGAAAGUUGAGCAAAAGAAACGUUUCUAUCCAGAGUGUGCACCCCCACAUGAUGAAAAGGGUACCCCCUAUAGCAGAAAUUACCCAAGGUCCAACAAGAAACCUACCCAGAGGUACAGCCAUACCCACUGGGUGAGCAAGAACUUGGCCAAACUCCACGAUUUCCAGAGCAUUCCCGACCACUUCCAGUGUAACCCCGUUUGAUUUUGCUGUGUUCUGCAUUUGGAGUUGAUAACUGGUCUGGUUUUUAAGUGGUUUGUAUUUGGAGAAGUUGUCUUUUAAAAAGGCCACUGGGAGUUUCUCUGGUUUUGAAACAUUUGGGGCAGGUUUGGAAAUGCAAUUUAAGAGUUAUCUGCUUUGUGGGGGGCAGCUUUUAUGCUUUGCACCCUUUGAACUGCAAACAACCUCCUCACAGGUCACAGGUGCAGUUGGUGUUCAAGAGGCAGGAUGGGAUGUCGGAUCAUUUCACUGAUGGAAGCUGGAAAACGGGCUUUGAAGGGGAAAAAAACUCGAUUUCAAGCUUGGCAUUGAAUCUCCUGCAGUGGUUGGGAUCCCUUUGGAUAACAUGAGGGUUUAAAACUGUGAGAAACAGCUGUGGCUGCUGUUCUCCUCCGUGUGACUAAGUUGUGUGUGUUACUGUGAGCUCAGGAGGAGCUGCUGAUUUCACUGCUGGCUUGUCUUGUUCUCUUGUUGCUUUUGUCCCUGGAAAGUUUGCCUUUUUUUGAUUGCUUUUACCUGUUUCAUUUGUGAUUUCUCUUGUAAAAGUAUUUUACGAGAUUUGCACUCGAGUUUAUAAAUAUUUUGUACCUGUUAAAUGUAAUUUUCUUUUUUUCCUGUGUUACUGAGGCCCUUCUUUCACUUG